AUGGAUCCCAAUCUACGACCUCAGGUCUCGAGACCUCCCUCCGCCGGCAUCCCUCCGCAAGGCCCGCCUCCGCCCUUGUCGAAUCUCCAUCAAUACCAGAUGCAUUCGCCCUAUGCGAUGGCGCAACCACACACGUUGCCGCCUCUGCAACACCAUCAGAACCCGGCGCCAAUGCCGCACACCUAUCUUGGCCAACCCUUCCGCAAUGACAUGCCCAGGUAUCCGACCACGACUGCGGCUGAUGUGUACGCCGUCUCGUCCGCCCCGAUGACCACCCACGCACCAGUCAAUAGUUUGCCACCAUCUACAUUCCUUGGCCAUCAACACCAACAGUUCCAGCCACAUCAUAUGCUACCACCCACAACGGCUACGCAGGCAUAUCCUCAGCCCAUCGCUCCAGCGCCACCGCGCGACAGGAGACCAGAAUACGGCGAUACUGGAGACCGCCCCUACAUGUGUGUCCUUUGCAAGGACACCUUCUCGCGCAGUGAUAUCUUGAAGCGUCACUUCCAAAAAUGCUCUCUGCGAAGGGGAAACCCGACUGGAGUUAGCCACCUAUCGCAUCCACAUGCGCAUUUGAAAAGAGCUCAAGCAGCGGGCGUUGUUCCAAAGCCCGUUCAGGGUGAUGUUAGUAGUUCCUUUUCGACUUCUAAUGGCAUUGUCGGUACGACGUUUGGGGAAACUCCUGUGAAUGGGGUUGCCGUGGCUCCAACCCAGCAACCCAGAUUCGCCGAACAUCACCAUCUUGGCUAUCAGAUGCCCCCGGCGAAUGGAAUGAACCGUGGUCCAGUUGACCAUGCCUUCACUCCUAACCAGGUGCAUCCGAGAAGCCCUUGGAUGGCUGAACCCAAACACAAUCAUUUGCUCAUGCAGCCGGGAACUGACACAGUUGGCCAGUUGAACCAUGUCGGUCUUCCACCGAUCGAUCCGACAAAACCUCCUACUACCCUCCCUGACAACAGCAAACGACCAGGACCAAACGCUAAUGGUAAUAAUAAUGCCACCGGCAAUGCCAGUGACAUCGACUGGUCGACCAUGCUCCAGCCCGGUGCGCAUGAAGGUUACAUGAACCCGGUCUUCCCUUCCACCAUGGCGCCAGUCUCCGAUGCCAUGCGAGCGCAGAUGGAUAACGACCGCAAGUUCUACCCUGCCGCGACAAGCGGGACCCAGGAGAGCAGCGGUCUGAAUGGGCUCUAUCUCGCCUCGACCAGCCUUGGCGGCGAUGGUACGUCAGGCCCUUCCCACCCCGCUUUGAAAGUUUAA